AGAACGUGUAGAGCAUUUUAUUUUGUUUUGAUCGCUCAGCCUCAAAGACUGCGAACAUGGCACUGGAAGAUAUCCACAUGAACACCCAGGACUUGCUUGAAAAGCAACAACUGGAUGCUGGAGGGUUUGGAACAAUUUCUUUGUGCUUUCACAGGAAACAUGGAUACGUAGUAUUAAAAACAGUGUACACAGGACCUCAGCGCACAGAAUACAAUGCUUCCCUCCUUGAAGAAGGCAGGAUCAUGCGUAAACUGCAGCAUGACCGGGUGGUAAAGCUACUAGGUAUAAUUUUGGAAGAUGGAAACUACUCACUUGUAAUGGAGUAUGUGAACCGGGGAAACUUGAUGAAAGCUCUACAGAAACUCUCCAUGCCUCUAUCAGUGAAAGGGCGUUUUGUGCUGGAGAUCACAGAAGGAAUGCUUUACCUACAUGAGCAAGGCCUAGUACAUAAAGACCUAAAACCAGAAAACAUCCUUGUGGACACAGACUUCCACAUUAAGAUUGCAGAUCUUGGUGUUGCCUCCUUUAAGAACUGGAGCCGGCUGACCAAAGAGGAGACUCUCCGCCAGAAGCAAAUCAAGAGCGCUUCCCAGAGCAACGCUGGCACUCUCUUCUAUAUGGCCCCAGAGCACUUAAGGUCUAUUAAUGUAAAACCUGUGGAGAAGUCAGACGUUUACAGCUUUGGCAUAGUGAUUUGGGCAAUUUUUGCUGACAAAGAGCCAUAUGAACAUGGUAUAAAUGAAGCUCAGAUUUGCUUUGGCAUCAUUAAUGGGAACAGACCAGACAUAAAAGAGAUUAUUGCAAAAUGUCCAGAGGAAAUUAUUGACUUAAUGAGACAAUGUUGGGAGGAAGACCCAGAGAAACGGCCAGCCUUUGCGGAAAUUUGUGAAAAAUACAAGCCAUUUUACUAUCAAAAUUUAGAGAAAAAUGUCGAAGAUGAUCUAAAAAAGUUACAAAAAAUGUGGCCUGAGCCAAACGAACUGCUGACCAGGAUGCAAUCCCUUCAAAUAGAUGCUGUGGCAGAAGGUAGCAGUAAUGGUCAAGUAG